CUAUACAGUGUAUCACUGUUGUUUAUUUGUUUGCGACAGAAUGAAAUUUUACCAUUUCCUAACGCACUCUCUGAAAUUAGCGAGAGAACAGAAGGCAAAGAUGUGAGCUUUGAUUCAUAUUGUGAAAUAUGUCUAGUUGUUUUGAUUGUCAAUUGCCCUAUCGUACUUUCAAAUGCACAUGUUAUGCAAAUCCGAUAUUGAAUUGAAAUAUUUAAUUAACUCUUUCCCUUUUGAUAGAAAAUGUAUUCAAGGUAAGCAAUGUAUGUAUAUAUAUGUAUGUGAAGAGUAAGCUGCUUCCACUUGAAUGGUAUGAGUAGCUGCUCCACACACACCCACUGCCACAUACUCAUUAAGUGAAACUCGUGCGGUGGUAUCUGAAUGUUUCUAUCUUCAUAUUUUGGCGGUGAUCUUUCGAAACAAACCUUGUUAUUUUGAUCAUGUGAAGGAAUGAAAAUGUUAUAAAACAAUAACCAUAUCACCGAUUGAACGGCUAAACCUGUUGUCAGAUCAACCUGAUUGUUAUUCAAGACUAUUAUCAAUGGAGUUUAUGAAUAUCUUAACAUGAAUUCCAUUGCCAUUUAUAGCCAGCUUCUAUAUCUGGUUUGGUAUUAAAAUGAUAAUUAUAAGAAAUUUAGUUAAGAGUCCAUGAAAAUGAGGCUGAAGAAGAAAAUGUGUUUCAGAAAGUGAUGAAGUGAUGAGACAGCUACAUGACAAAAUUCAUAUACCUGACAGAUUCUUCUUUUGUUAUUCCGCAUCAAAUGAAAUUUUACACAUGAAGUAAGAGUCUCAUAGGGGAGUUGAAGUAAUUCCUCUUUCUGAUGUCGUUUUAUAUAUUCCUCUCAGAACAUGUCUAACUCAACACUUGAAUGCUUAUCUGUAUAGGUAUGCAUGAUUGCUUACCUUCAUACUUUUAAAAUGUGACACCAAGUUUCACAAUCUGAAUAGGGUAUAAUAUUGGUUUCAAAUUUUGGCACAAGGCCAGCAAUUUCAGGGGAGGAGGUAAGUUAAUUACAUCAGCCACAGUGCUCAAUUGGUUCUUAUUUUAUUGACCCCUAAAAGGACGAAAGGCAAAGUUGACCUAGCAGAAUUUGAACUCAGAACAUGAAGACAGACAAAAUGUCACCAAGCAUUUUGCUUGGUGUGUUAAUGAUCCUGCCAGCUCUCCACCUUGAAUAGAGUAUAAUAUUGAUGAAAGAGUAUAUAUGUUUAUAGAUUACUCUCAGUAAUUAUUUCUCAUCCAUACAUUAUUAUUUUUUGUAAGAUUUUAUUUAUAUUGAAAAAAUUUGUAAACAUUUCUUUUUUUCAUUUUUCUUUUCAAACCUUUCUCAAAAUUUGAUAUAAUAAUUACUGUUAUAAUAUAAUACUGUUAUUUUCCAUUGUUCCCUGUCCUGUUUUCUUUCCAAUCACUAACCUAAAAUAAUUCAAUUUAAACAUUAAUCAUAUCCCAAUCUCACUUAUUAUCAAUAUCUACAAAUUUAGAUGGUCCUAUAAAGGAUGUAGGCACUGUCUCUAGUGUCCCAAACAAGUGUAAUAAAAGGAAAAAAAUGUUUCAGUAACUCUUUCAACUAGAUUUUAGAUUUAAUGAAAUAACUUGUAAUUGAAUUUAUUAGUAUUACUUAAAUCUUGAUUAAAGCCUAUAUUUAGUUUUAUUUCUGUUUUGUUUUAAAUAAUCAAAUAUUUCAAGAAAAUUCACCAUGAAUCAUAUGAUACCAUCAAAUAUUCCUAACUUUGACUUGGUUGAUUCUAUUCAUGGUGUAGAACGGUCACAUAGUUGUGAAAUUUGUGGAAAAGGUUUCACUUGUUACGACAACCUUGAGCAACAUAAAGGGACACACCAAAUGGAUAAAUCUUUUAACUGUGACACAUGUGGUAAAGUUUUUAGUCAAGAGUAUCAUCUAAAACAACAUCAAAUGGUACACACGAGAGAAAAGCCUUUGAAAUGUAAUGUUUGUGGGAGUAUCUUUUCUCGUAAUGGAGACUUGACACGUCACAUGCGAACUCACAGAGUUCCAAUAACCACCACUUUCAGCAGUAGUAGUGUUUCUUGUAACCAUCAACAUACUGACAAAUCUUUUAAAUGUCAUAUAUGUGGCUGUAUAUUUUCUCGAAAUGGAAAUCUUACACGCCACAUGCGAACACAUGUUAACACCACAACUCACUCUCGUAUGAGCAAUACUACUGUUUACCAACAUCAUCUCGCUGAGAAGAAUUUUAAAUGCAGUAUCUGUGGCUGUGCUUUUUCUCGUAAAGGAGAUCUAACAAGGCAUUUUAGAAGUCAUGAUGCUGUCAUUAUUCCAAGAAGUAAUGCACCUACAAAUGUAAGCAGUAUGCAAAAAUAUCAAAGUCCUAAAAACCCAUUCAAUUGUAAGGCUUGCUGGAAGGCUUUCACAGAGCACUCUGAUGGUGAAGUACAUGAACGUAUACAUGCGGCACUACUGCCAUUCAAAUGUGGAAUUUGUGGUAAAGCCUUCCAUGAUAAUAGCACACUUGAACGGCACAGAAGAACACAUACAAAUGAAAAAAUGUUCAGCUGUGAUAUUUGUCUGAAGUCUUUUACUCAGAAGUCAUCACUAAAGUUGCACAAACGUACUCAUACUGGGGAGCGCCCCUUUAAAUGCAACAUAUGUGGUUUUGCAUUUUCUCGAAAAGAUCAUCUUGAGAGGCAUCAGAAAACUAAUAAUGGUGACAGAAAACUGAGCUGUGUUCCUCAACACCUGCAGCGAUCACCACGACAACAACAACAACAGGCAAUUCAAUCACCCCAGAAUCAACAAUUCAUUUCCAUUGAUAUUCAUCAGUCUCAGCUGAAUGUAUCCCAGUCACAAACUUCACAGCAACAAUCACAAACUCCACAACUCACAAAUAUAUCACCUCAGCAGCAAGAUCUACAAAAAAACACACAACAUACAAAUAUGUCAUCCCAUCAAAACUCACAACACACAGAUAUGCCACAACAAUCCAUAUCACAACCAUCUGAUAUGCCACAAGCUCCACAACAUGCAGACCUUCCUCAGUCACAACAAGGUUCACAACAUACAGACCUACCACCACCUCAAGGUUCACAAGACUCAGAUCUGACUCCAUCACAACAGCCAAAUUCACAAGUUCCAGACAUGCCAACACCACAACCAGAUUCACAACACACUGAUGUACCACAUUAUAUGAACAUAUGAAAAUAGUUUAGUUGUUAAUUUGAAUUAUCAGGAAUUGUAUUUGUCUAUCAUUUUAAAGAUUCUCACCAGUUCCUUUUGCAUGCAUGACAUGACAUUAAACUGAUAUAGUUCAUUGAAUUUGGGGUAUGUUGGAACAUUAUGGCACUUGUUUUUAACUACAUUAUAUAGAAGACAUUUAUUGCAAAGUGUGAUAAAAAUUUCUUGAGUUAUGAAGACAUUUGAGAUGCUUUGCUUGAGGUGCUAAGUUAUUCUAAAUAAGACAGAAUUAAGCAAAAAAUGUCACAAACAUGUGAAGAGUAAAUGUCAUUAAAAUUUACAUAUCAUUUCUUGCCAUUGGAAGAUGGUAAUUAUGAAAUAAAUUGUUGGGAAAAGUUGAAUAUGAUGAAACUUUGGUAAGAUCUGUUGUAAUAAACGUUAAAUUUCAUCACAACUAUUGUUCAUAUUGCACCUGUUAAAUUUCUGUUGUAUUCACAUUUUCUCUACAGUUUUUAAAUGCUUUUUACUGUGGAAUAAUGGAACUUGUCAUCAUAUAGAAAAUCAUUGUUAAGUUUUGUUCAGCAUAUAUUUUCUCUGUUACAAAUUAGACAUGAUUAAGAUAACAUAAUUUUCUAUAAUUCCAACCCCAUAUAAAUUGCAUGUGUGUGUAUAUCAGUAUGUAUGUAUUACAUAAAUGUUUUGUAUUACAUAUAUAUAAAUUUAAGUCACAGUAUAUAGAUUCAAGUAAUCUGGUUGCACUCAUAAAAAAAGCUCCUUAAUGUAUCAUUCUACAAAACAUAUAGAAUAUAUAGUACAAUACAAGGGAAAACCACAAGGAGUGUAUAAA